AUGGAAACACCUGUGGAAAGUCAAGAGCAUGUAGGAUUGGAUAUGAAUUAUUUUUUUGACGAGAUUUUGAUUGAAGUAUUUGGGAAUCUUGGUCUACGGAUGUUGAAGAACUGUAGAUUGGUCUGCAAAAGAUGGGAUGAGUUGAUCAGCAAGCAUCAAAACUUCUUUGAAAAUUAUCAAACAGUAUUAAGAACUUAUGAAGGUUGCAAGAACAUUGCUGAGUUGAGGAAAAAACCAAAAUAUGUUGUGGUAUUGGAUGAUUGUCAAUUAUCUCCGGAUGUUUUCAAUCAUCUCCCCAAUCUCUACUCGCUAAAAAUUGACUUAAGUCAAUGUGAAUAUGAAUUAGAACUGUCUCAUUUGGCUCAAGUCUUACGUUUGGUUCCAAAUCUGAAGAUAUUGCAUGUUUGUGAUAUGAAUUUUAUAGAAGAUAUCAAGAAUAUGGCAGAUUUUGAGAAAAUCAAAUUUAAUCUGAUAGAACUGAAUUGUAAUUCGGAACUGCUUCAUCUGCUUGAAUGCUUAACAUUAAAAAACCUGAAUUUAAGAUGGCAUUGUAACUUGCCAAUCGAAAGAAAAUUGAAGGUAUGUGAGUUUGUAAGCCAACAAAAGGAACUGGAAAAUCUCUCUUUAAACUAUCCAAAUGAUUUUUUUGUUCAUUUUAUAAGUUUGAAUUAUGAAUUCAAAUUGAAAAGCUUUACGUUCUAUUCAAACGCCAAUUUUAUGAAUUACGAAUCAUUCAUUCUUUUUUUGGAGCCACACAAGCAUUCUUUAAACUCUUUAAAGAUUCAAAUGUAUUCAUUUGAACAAUCUAAAGAUGCAAUUCGAGCAAUUCUUAAAUAUGUCAAGAAAAACGUUUUGAAUCUAAACGAAUUAGAAUUGGAUACAGUAUAUAAUGGCAAUACUGAAAGAGUUCAAAUCCUACCAAAGAAAUUAGAUUCGUUUGAUAAACUGGAAAGAUUUGGAUAUGCUGAUAUUUUCUAUUCUUUGGAAGAUAAUAAGCAACUUGUUGACAUGCUCCCUAAAAUGAAGCAUUUGUCUAUUAAAUCAUGUUUCUGUAAAGCUAUUGGACUUCUUGAAUAUGAAGCUACAAAACAGAAAUUAGAAUCAUUGGCAAUCUUCAAUUUCGACAAAGUAACAACUUCUAUAACUUUCUCAAAUCUCAAGGAAUUGUCUGUACACACAUUCUCCUUGAAUAGAGAUGGUUUUAAGAUGUUUAUUGAUCGUCAUUCAAAAAGCUUGGAAAAAUUAACGAUUGGAAAUGAUGAUGGUAUAAGUCCGCCAAUUGUUAAUGCAAUAAGCAGCAUAGAGAACCUUAAACAUCUCACAAUUGAUGUCUCCAAAAAAGACUUUGACAGAAUCAUGACAACGUUUCAAGACAUUUCAUUGAGAAGUCAACCGUUGACAGUUAUAUUCAAGGAUUAUCCUACAAUAGUUCGAUUUGAACUUCCAGAAGAUAAAAUCUUUUGGGGUGAUCAAAUUACUUUGAGUUGA